AUGGCUGACGCGCCCAACUCUGGCGAUGAGCUGUACCCUAUCGCCGUCCUUAUUGACGAGCUGAAGCACGAUGAUGUUUUGCUCCGCCUCAACGCAAUCCACCGUCUCUCGACCAUUGCUCUCGCUCUCGGCGCUGAACGAACCCGUGAAGAGCUUAUCCCCUUCCUCGAUGAAUCUGUGGAAGAUGAAGACGAGGUCCUUGUUGCCCUGAGCGAGGAGCUUGGCGGCUUUGUCGAGUAUGUCGGCGGUUCCCAGUGGGGUCACGUUCUGCUGUCUCCCCUCGAGAACCUCGCUUCUAUUGAGGAACCCGUCGUUCGCGACAAGGCCGUCGAGUCCCUGAACAAGAUUUGCACCGAGCUUUCUUCUCAACAAGUCGAGGAAUAUUUUAUUCCCCUCACAAUUCGCCUCGCCAAGGCCGAUUGGUUCACAUCAAAGGUUUCGGGAUGCGGCCUCUUCACAAGUCCUUACAACAAAGUCUCACCGCCCGUCCAAGAGCAGCUGCGCCAGCAGUUUGGCCUGCUUGUUCACGAUGAGACACCCAUGGUCCGUCGCCAGGCUGCAACCAAUCUAGCCAAGUUUGUCAAGGAGAUGCCCGCCACCAUCGUUGUCGACGAAAUGAUACCCCUCUUCCAACAUCUCGCGCAAGAUGAUCAGGAUAGCGUCCGAUUACUCACAGUCGAGGUUCUCAUCUCUAUUGCCGAAGCCGUUCCCAAGGAGCAGCAGGCCAGCCAUGGUGUGUUGCUGACAGCUCUACGCAAUUUGAUAGAGGACAAGAGUUGGAGAGUCCGAUACAUGAUCGCGGAUCGGUUUGAGAAGAUUGCUAAGGCGGUAGACGAGGAGGUUGUUUCUAGAGACCUCGUUCCCGCAUUCGUAAAACUUCUCAAGGACAACGAGGCCGAGGUACGAACCGCUAUUGCUGGCCAGAUUCCCGGCUUCUGUGCUCUUGUGGAUCGUAACGUGCUCCUCAACGACAUCAUGGGCAGCAUUGAGGAUCUUGUCUCGGAUACAUCCCAACAUGUCCGUGCUGCGCUUGGUACCCAGAUCAGUGGCCUGGCUCCUAUCCUUGGAAAGCAAGAGUACGUCAGUCUUUGCGAACAGGGCCUCGAUUCUAAUUUCCCUCUUAGAACUAUCGAUCACCUUCUCCCCAUGUUCCUUCAGAUGCUUAAAGACGAGUUCCCGGAGGUUAGGCUCCACAUCAUCUCCAAGCUUGAGCUCGUGAACAAAGUCAUUGGCAUCGACCUCCUCUCACAGUCACUUCUUCCCGCAAUUGUACAACUCGCUGAGGAUAAGCAAUGGCGAGUAAGACUUGCGAUUAUCGAGUACAUCCCUCUCCUCGCCAGUCAACUGGGCGUUCAAUUCUUCGAUGAGAAGCUCAGCAAUUUGUGCAUGGGCUGGCUGGGAGAUACCGUUUUCUCUAUUCGUGAAGCCGCUACUCACAACCUGAAGAAGCUCACUGAGGUCUUUGGUGUUGAGUGGGCCAGCGAAGCUAUUAUCCCCAAGGUUAUGGCUAUGGGUAACCACCCUAACUACCUUUACAGGAUGACCACUUGCUUUGCUAUCUCGGUGAUUAUCGCCCUUGCCCGAAACUGUGAGCCCAGACUAACUCCUUUGCAGACAUUGGCGAGCGUUGUGAGCAUGGAUGUGAUUGCUAAGUCGAUCCUCCCUAUGCUCGACAAGCUGGCCACUGACGAGAUCCCCAACAUCCGUUUCAACGUGGCCAAGACAUACCGCGUUCUCAUCAAUGUACUUCGACGUCUGCCAGACGAGGGUACCCUGUAUGAUCUGGAGAAGCAGGGCAGUGAGAUCACACCGUCGCCUCGGGGCUCGGAGCUGAUCCAACAACGAGUUGUUCCUAACCUGGAGAAGUUGCAAAAGGACGACGACGUGGAUGUGCGAUAUUUUGCGACGACAGCAGCUGCCGAGAUCUCGGGACCCAUUGCUGGCGGGGAGCCUAUGAAUACAUCACCAUAG